AUGAAGCUGGCGGUUGCGGGGAACAAGGCGGCGGCAGCGGGGAGCAGUAUGGAACCGGCGGCGAAGGAGGAGGACAAGCGCGAGCCGGCGGAGGGCAUCAGGAUCAUCACGCUGCCGGAUUGGUACAUCAAGAGGAUUCAGAAUAGUAGGCUGCGGAGGAGGCCCAGUCCUCUCCCUUUAGACUUGCUCGACCACAACCCUAAGCUCCGAGAGAUGGUCCUGGCUCUCAGAGCAGCCAACAAGGCCCAUGUCGACCCCUGGAGGAGGACAUCCUGA